AUGCAAAGUAAACGUUUACCAUUAUCAAUUGCUAAUUGUCCUGUACCAGUUAAUAUUACAACACCAAUAACAAUUCCAAUCAAAUCGAAUCCAUUACUUGAUUUUUAUGCUAUUAGUUAUCUGUGGUAUUCACCAAUAGCUGUUAGUGCUGUUGUAAUUGUUGGAAUGAUUGUAUCUUAUUUAACUUGUCCAGUUAAAUCAAAUGAAAUCGAUCCGAAAUUAAUAAUAUCUGUUAGUGAUGUAUGUUGUUUUUCUGUACCUAAACGUAUACGUGAUUGGCUUCGAUGCAGUUUUACAGAUGAUGCUUAUUUGGAAAAAAAGAUUCAGAAUAAUAUUGAAUUAACAGCACCGGAAGGCUGUAAUGCACUUCAUACUAGUAAAAUUCAGCAAACACUUAGUACAGAUACAAGAGCUAUAUUUCCAUCGAGUGUUGUGAUAAGAACAACAAUGAAUGAUGCUUAUGAUAAUCCGGCAAUGUCGACGAAAGACUAA